AAUGCACCAAACAUCAUUUAAAAUGUGUCUAUAAUGUAUAAACGAUGAUGAUAUCUUGGUACCGUUGCCUGAAAAGCUAUGUCUAGAAGAGAUUUAAAAGAGCAAAUAAUUCAUCCAACAAAACUAGGAACAUAAAAAACCCCAAAAAACCUGCAAUUAUUGCAGAGGUAAACGAAAACUCUUAAAAACUAAGAGGAUGACAUCUGCUGUCAAGAACUAGGAAGAUAAGUCACCUUCUCUCACAGCUAAAAAUAUUCUUGAAUCGUUUCUAUACUCUCUUUGUAUCUGUUAAUCGGCUAAUCUGCUCAUUAUGUAGAGAGGGUCAAUUGAAGGAGGCUCUGCACAUCCUGCUUACUACACACAACCCCCCUGGAGAUUCCUCUACAUAUCUUCAACUAUUGCAGACCUGCAUUCUCAAGAAGGCGCUUUCACAAGGGAAAAAGGUCCACUCUUUCAUCGCUCACAUGCGAUUUGCAUUUUCUACACGCACAAGCUUUCAGAAUAAGCUCAUUAACAUGUAUGACAAAUGCGGAAGUUUGGUUGAUGCCCGUAAGGUGUUUGACCACAUGAAAGGAGGAGACGGAUUCUCAUGGAAUACUAUUAUUUCAGCAUACCGAAGACAUGGGUUUCCUCACGAAGCAGUCACACUGUUUCACCAAAUGCAACGAACAGGACUCCAACCCGAUCAGUUUACAUUUGCCAGCGUACUCCCAGCCUGUGCCAAAGUAGGAGAUUUGGAACAGGGUAUGGACAUCCAUCAAAGCAUAAAGGAUAGAGGAUUUUCGUCAGAUGUGGUAGUUGCGACUGCCCUGGUUGAUAUGUAUGUAAAAUGUGGAAGCAUGCACAUGGCACGUGAACUAUUUGACAAAAUGCUUCAAAGGGACACCGUCUCAUGGAAUGCCAUGAUUGCAGGAUAUGCACAACAUGGGUUUUUUGGAAAGGCCUUUGAAACUUUUAAGCAAAUGCAAAUGGCGAGUGUAAUGCCAGACUCCACAACCUUUGUCAGCAUCCUCCCUGCAUGUGCUCAAAUUGGAGCUUUAGAAGAGGGUAGAGCCAUCCAUCAAAGCCUAAUUGUAAGUGGAUUAUUUUCAGAUAUUAAAGUUGGAAAUGCUCUAGUAGAUAUGUAUGCAAAAUGUGGAAAUAUGCACAAGGCACGUGAAUUGUUUAACAAAAUGCCUCAAAGAGAUGUCAUCUCAUGGAAUGCCGUGAUUGCAGGGUAUGCACAAAAUGGGUAUCUUGAAAAGGCACUAGAAACUUUCAAGCAAAUGCAAUUAGCAGGUGUAAAGACAGACUCCACGACCUUGUCCAGCAUCCUCCCCGCCUGUGCCAAAAUGGAAGCUUUGGAACCGGGGAUGGACAUCCAUCGAAUCAUAAUGGAAGGGGGAUUUUUGUCAGAUAUUGUAGUUGCAAGUGCCCUGGUGGAUAUGUAUGCAAAAUGUGGAAACAUGGACAAAGGCCAUACAUUGUUUGACAAGAUACCUCAAAGAGAUGUCAUCUCAUGGACCGCCAUGAUUGCAGGAUAUGUUCAAAAUGGGUUUGUUGAAAAAGCCCUAAAAACUAUUAAGCAAAUGCAACUGGCUGGUGUGAUGCCAGACUCCACAACCUUUGCCACCGUACUCCCUGCCCUUGGUCAAAUUGGAGCAUUGGAACAGGGUAUGGGUGUCCAUCAAAUUAUAGUUGAAAGUGGGUUUUUGUCAGAUGUUGUAGUUGCAAGUGCCCUGGUAGACAUGUAUGCAAAAUGUGGAAGCAUAGACCAGGCACGUGAAUUGUUUGACAAAAUGCCUCAAAGAGAUGUGGUUUCAUGGACUGCAAUGAUUGUAGGAUAUGCACAAAAUGGAUUUGUUGAAAAGGCUUUAGAAACUUUCAAGCAAAUGCAAUGCGCAGCUGUAAAACCAAAUUCCACAACCUUUGCCAGCAUCCUUCCAGCUUGUGCCAAAAUGGGAGCUUUAGAACAGGGUAUGAACAUCCAUCAAAGCAUAACGGAAGGCGGGUUUUUGUCCGAUAUUGUAGUUACAAGUGCCCUGGUAGAUAUGUAUGCAAAAUGUGGAAGCAUAGACAAAGCACGUGAACUGUUUGACAAAAUGCCUCGAAGAAAUGUGAUCUCGUGGAAUGCCAUGAUUGCAGGAUAUGCACAAAAUGGAUUUUGCAAGAACGCUCUCAAAAUCUUUGAAUUAAUGAAGCACUCUGGAACAGACCCUGACAUUGUAAGCUUUGCUUGUGUUCUAUAUGCAUGCAGCCAUGCAGGUUUAGUGGAUGAGGGCUGUACACACUUUAAUCAGAUAAGUAAUCCAUAUUGCAUUACACCUACAAUUGAUCAUUAUGUGUGCAUGGUUGAUCUUCUUGCCCGAGCUGGCUAUCUGGAGGACACCCUAAACUUUAUCAUUAAGAUGCCAAUUAAACCUGCGGUGGUUGUGUGGAUGUGUUUUCUUGGUGCCUGUAGGUCACAUAUGAAUAUAGGUUUAGGAGUAUUUACAGCAACACUGCUGUUUGAUUUGGAUCCUAAAAAUGCUGGUACUUAUGUUCUUCUCUCAAACAUCUAUGCAGAAGUGGGUAUGUGGAGUGAGGUACAAAUGGUAAGGAGAUUGAUGAAAGAUAGAGGAAUUAAAAAGAUCCCUGGAUGUAGUUGGAUUGAAGACCAUAAAAUGGUGCAUGCUUUUUGUGUAGGAGAUAGAUCACACCCACAGACACAGGAGAUCUAUGCAAAGUUGGAGAAAUUAGCUUGGGAGAUGAAGGCAGCGGGGUAUAUUGCAGAUUCAAGACUUUCGCUUAAUGAUGUGGAAAAGGAGGAAAAAGAAUUAUUUCUCUGUCACCAUAGUGAAAAGUUAGCAAUUGCAUUUGGUUUGUUGAACACGCCUCGUGGAACGACCAUUAGAGUUGUUAAGAACCUUCGAGUAUGUGCUAACUGCCACACUGCAACGAAAUUUAUAUCCAAGAUUGUCGCAAGAGAAAUUGUUGUAAGAGAUGCCAACCGUUUCCAUCAUUUUAAACAAGGACAUUGUUCUUGCGGAGAUUAUUGGUAAUGGUAAAUGAAGCAAUCUGAAAAAUUGGAGAUUAUUGAUGAUGGUAAAUGAAGCAAUCUGAAAAAUUGGCUCGUACUGUUAUAAUGUGCACCAUGUCAGAUCUGCAGUAAUAAUCAAGGGACAAGUUUUAAUUUCAGUUUCCAGAAACUUCUUUGUUUGGUUUUCUUUUGUUUUGAAUGUUUAGUAAUUUAGAGUUAGAUCAUGCUGUUGGCUUCGUAAAAUUAGAUGCAUAGAAUGUAAUGCAGAUCGGUGCUGCAUUUAUAUACUGUUGAGGUAUUUAGCGAAGAUAUAUUUUAUGAUAACAUGGAUGUUUCAUUGAAUUGUUUUCAGGAAACUUACGUAUCUAUGAAAAAUGAGGAGGUGGAGAAUGGAGCAAAGACAAAAGGUGAGAACACUUAAAGUAAAUGGAAAGAAGAUUUUUACCAGCAGAAAAUAGGAGAUUUUUGUAUAGUUUUUUAUUAGAUUGAUUGUAUUAUAUUUUGUCAACAUCAGGUCGAUCAUUUGAGAUUAAAUUAUACAUUUAUAUUCUAUAUCUAAA